GGCGCGGCAGUUGCUUUUGGGCGGCGGCGGAGACGGUCGGGAGGGCGAGAGUGAAGCGCGCAGGCAGGAUGGCGACGGCGGGCACCGGGUGGCUGGGACUGGCGCUGCCGCUCCUUCUGGCGCUGACUGUCCCGGCGGUGACGCUGGCCGGCUACAUCGAGGCACUCGCUGCCAAUGCUGGCACAGGAUUUGCUGUGGCAGAGCCUCAGAUUGCCAUGUUCUGUGGAAAGCUGAAUAUGCAUGUGAAUAUCCAGACUGGGAAAUGGGAGCCUGAUGCUUCAGGGACUGAGAGCUGUUUUGGAACAAAAGAAGAGGUUCUGCGGUACUGCCAGGAGGUCUAUCCAGAGCUUCAGAUUACAAAUGUGGUGGAAGCGAACCAACCCGUCAGCAUUGAAAAUUGGUGCAAAAAGGGCAAGAAGCAGUGCAAGGGUCAUACCCAUAUUGUUGUUCCCUUCAAGUGUCUGGUGGGUGAGUUUGUCAGCGAUGUCCUGCUGGUUCCAGAAAAGUGCCGGUUCUUCCACAGGGAGCGGAUGGAUGUGUGUAAAAGCCACCAGUACUGGCACACUGUAGCAAAAGAGGCUUGCUUAACUGAGGGGAUGAUCCUGCACAGCUAUGGCAUGCUACUGCCUUGUGGGGUAGACCAGUUCCAUGGCACAGAGUAUGUGUGUUGCCCACAGUCCAAAAUUGUGGAUGAAGCUCUUUCCAAAGAGGAGGAAGAGGAGGACGAUGAAGAGGAAGAUGAAAACUAUGACAGGUACCAAAGUGAGUUCCCUACUGAGGCAGACCCCGAAGACUUCACAGCGGCAAUAGUGGAGAUGGAUGAGGACGAAGAAGAGGAACAAGAGGAAGACGAAGAAGAAGUGGUGGUAGACAGAGACUACUAUUAUGAUGGCUAUAAAGAUUACAACGAAGAGCCUCCGACCGAGCCAAGUGUUGAAAAAUCUCUGUCCGAGAAGGAAAUAAUGAACGAUGUGAAAACUGUCUGCUCCCAGGAGGCGAUGACAGGUCCCUGCCGGGCUGUGAUGCCUCGUUGGUACUUCGACAUGUACAAGAGAAAGUGCAUUCGCUUUAUAUAUGGAGGCUGCGGAGGCAACAGGAACAAUUUUGAGUCAGAGGAAUAUUGUAUGGCUGUGUGUAAAAAGAUGAUUCCACCAACUCCCGUGCCUACAGAUGACGUAGACAUCUACUUUGAAAACCCAGCAGAUGACAAUGAGCAUGCCCGUUUCCUGAAAGCAAAAGAGCAGCUAGAGGUUCGACAUCACAAUCGUAUGGACCAGGUUAAGAAGGAAUGGGAAGAAGCAGAGCGUCAAGCCAAGAAUCUCCCAAAGGCAGAGAGGCAAACUCUCACUCAGAGGUUCCAGGCCAUGGUUAAAUCACUGGAGAAAGAAGCUGCCAGUGAGAAGCAGCAGCUAGUAGAGACUCACUUAGCUCGCGUAGAAGCCAUGCUGGAUGAACGCCGUCGCGUGGCCCUGGAGAAUUACCUGGUUGCUCUACAGACUGACCCUCCACGGCCCCAUCGUAUCCUCCAAGCCCUGAAGCGUUACGUCCGCGCCGAGAACAAAGACUGUCUGCACACAAUCCGCCAUUACCAGCACGUUUUGCAAGUUGACCCAGAAAAGGCUGCGCAGAUGAAAUCGCAGGUGAUGACACAUCUCCAUGUGAUUGAAGAAAGGAUGAAUCAAAGUCUGUCCCUUCUCUACAAGGUACCUUAUGUGGCUGAAGAAAUCCAAAGUGAGAUUGAUGAACUCCUUCAACAGCAGCGGGAUGACAUGGACCACUUCACUUCUUCCAUCUCGGAAUCUCCGGUGGAUGUCCGGGUGAGCUCCGAAGAAAGUGAAGAAUCUCCCCUCUUUGAUGGCAAACCUUUCCGUCCAUUCCAGGUGAAAACGUUCCCCGCCUCAUCUGAAAAUGAAGAUUCUCAGCCGGAUUUGUACCAUCCAAUGAAAAAAGGGUCUGGUAUGGCUGACCUUGGUGGGCUGAUUGGAGCAGAAGAGAAAGUGAUUAACAGCAAGAAGAAGCUGGAUGAAAAUGUGGUAAUUGAUGAAACCCUUGAUGUCAAGGAAAUGAUUUUCAAUCCUGAGCGAGUCGGUGGACUAGUGGAUGAGACGGAAGAUGACAAUUCCUUGCGUGACGACUUUAGCUUUAGCAGCAGUGCUCUCAUUGGCCUCCUGGUGAUAGCAGUUGCCAUAGCCACAGUAAUAGUGAUCAGCUUGGUGAUGCUAAGGAAGAGGCAAUAUGGAACCAUCAGCCAUGGAAUUGUAGAGGUCGACCCAAUGCUCACCCCAGAGGAACGGCAUCUGAACAAGAUGCAGAACCAUGGCUAUGAGAACCCAACAUACAAAUACUUGGAACAGAUGCAAAUUUAAAGGAUGUUGAAACUGCAGCAGCCCUGACCCGGCAGAGGGGGGUAGGGUAGGGAGGGCCAAAACGGUCCAGAAUUUUGGAUCUACUACUGACCAACCGUUGCUUGAAGAGGACUUCAUCUUACAUUCAGAACUCCUGGAUCAUUCAGACUUAAUUACUACUGUAGAGUUGCAAUUUCCAUUCUUUUAAAUGGGCGAGGAAAUGAUAAUAUAACAAUAUAUGAUAUAUAAAUCUUAAAUGGGGAAAUGGAUCUAUUGCAGAUAUUUGAGAUGUAGUUUUUUUUCUUUUUUAAGAAACUUUACUCUAAAGAGGAAAAAAAUCCCAGUGCUGUUGUAUUGUCUGAUAACAAGCUCUCUAUGUAAAUGAGAAACGUUGUUUUAUUUCUGAUACACCACUUGUAUAUUCAAGGUCAUUUGUACCAACCGCAUUGUAUAAAUUAGGGCACUUGUGGCUCUUUGGUCAUUCUGGCUUUUAUAUAUAUAAAGCAGUAUUUCUUUUUUUAAAAAAAUUGAAUUAGUUCUGUCAGAAGCUGCAAAAAGACAAAUUGGGGUUAUGUCUUUGUGGAAAAGAAUAUCUUGGGAAGCAAAUCUGUGACAAUAACCGAAACAUUACACAAAUUAUCCAGUGCCAGUGACCAUUGUGUUUCUGCUGCUAUAUGGCUUGGUUUUCAGAAACCUAGCCCCCCUACAAGCAAGGAAGGAGAGGAAAGGCUCCUGCCCUAUUUGGGCCUUUUGUGUGAAAUGUUUUGGCAUGAUUUGUGCCUAUUGGGAUUGCACACCUGGCCGCCUUGCUUUCUGAACCCAGCCCUACUGUAGUGUCUGAGGUCUUUAAUUUUUGAAUUCAAAUCCUUUCCAGAUUAUGCCAGCCUCCUAGCACGUCACCUAAUGUAAGCAAAACCCCUCUUUGUUCACUUGCACCUAAGCCACUUUCCUACAUGAUGAAUCAUGUUCACUACAGGUUUUGGAGGCUGACACGUCUUCCCGAGAAAGCUGGGGCUGACAUUUGGGGAUGUAUAAUGUGCCUGGGAGCCCCCAAGUGGUUUGAGAAGCCAAGGCGUUGCAUUUUUGCUCUCCGUGUCAGGAGCGAGUGGAGGGGAGGGCGAAAAGAGUCAUGACUGAGUUAUGAAAAAGCAAAGGGAAUCCGUAGGCACUGUAGUGCCAGGAGGUUGUUCGUUCACCAUCGUGUCUCUGUAAUGCUUGUAUAGUUGGUGUUCAUGCUCACAGCUUUUUAAAAAAAUUCUGGGGGUUCUGGUAACCUGUGGUGUGUUCUUUUCUAUUUUCCAGGGGUUUUUCUUUAUCCUUCAUGCCCCUCUCCAUGUUCCUUUCCCACCUAUGCACAGAUUUACGUAACCUGCAAACUUCUUAGUGUGGUCUGUGGGGAAUGUAAAAAAGUUGGAAACACAUCAAUAAACACUUUAACUUCCAGAUCGA